AUGGACAAAAGCUGGAUGAACUUGACUGAUCGACUUCGUUCGCCUGCAUACGCCGAUGGGGUUAACGCUUUCCUCACCCUGGCACGAAACCAUUCUCAGGGCAGUGAUCGCAUUUGGUGUCCAUGUCGUUCAUGCUGUACUAAUCUCUUCUUGCCUAUACGAAUUGUGGAGACUCACUUGUUUCUCAAAGGGAUCAAUCCAAAUUAUACCCAUUGGAUAUUUCAUGGGGAAGAGGAAACUUGGAGAUUCAAUGACGACGAUGACGAUAGUAACACUGCUGAUUACGCCGACGUGUACAUUGAUGACAUGAACCAUAUGUUAGAUGACAUCCGGGCAAGCACAUCCUUUGAUGUUCCCCAAGAUCAUGGUAAUCCAUUGGCAACUAGUGGUGAAAUUCCAGAUCCCUCCCCAAGUUCAUCUUUCGACCAGCUACUAGAGGAUGCCCGACGUCCACUUUUUGCUGGUUGUACAAAAUUCUCAAAACUAUCAUUCAUUGUGAAGUUGUUACACAUUAAGACACUCGGUGGAUGGUCAAUAAAGUCAAUUGAUAUGCUACUUAGCCUUUUGCGGUCUGCCUUUCCUGACGCUGAAUUGCCACAUUCAUAUGAGGAGUCAAGGUCAUUGGAGCAUGGUUUGGGUUUCAAUUACCACAAAAUUCAUGCAUGCCCCAAUGACACCAUCCUGUUUUGGAAGGAAAAUGCUAAUCUUGAUGAAUGUCCUAAGUGUAAGGCUUCAAGGUGGGUGCCUAAAACACACAAGGCACAUCGUAUCCCUCAAAAAGUGUUGUGGCAUUUUCCUUUGAAGCCAAGAUUGCAACGUCUCUUCGUGUCUGCAAAGAUCGCAUAA